AUGAAGGGCCGCUCAUCAAAGAUCGGGAGAAUCCAACAGUGUGAUGGGCCAUGCCCUACCACCUUCACUACGUUACUUUGCUCCUUCUCCAUUAGUGGAAAGACAACCCAUUUGAAGGUUGAGAUCGUUAUAAGCUUAUCUCUUCGCAUCGGGCCUGAGACUAGGGCUGUAAGAAGGGCCCCUCCUCCUGGCUUCAAUCAGCCCCAUACUGAUUCAAGGGCUAUGCAUCGAAAUGAGGCUUGGCCCAGCCCUUUUCUCUCAAUCCAAUCUCGGAUUUACAAAGUCACAUCUCAUUUACUAUCGGAUUCCCUCACUGUCGGAAGGUUUCAAGCGGGAAGAAUUGGACAAGAUGUGAAAGUUACUCUUCGAGAAUGCCUUACUUCAUCCGCAGCAAGAGAAGUUGCUCUUUUCGUCUUAUCCGCUGUUCUCUUAUUCUUAGACUAG